AUGUCUACAUCUUAUUUCAUUAUCGAUUCUUCUUCUAAGUCUUCUCUAGAAAACAUACAAUAUUUUAAAAAAACUGAAAAAUCUGUUAAUAAUUCAAAAGAACGAUUAAAAAAGCAAAAGCAUGAAUUUGAUCAGAAACUUAAUAAUGACCUUGAAACACUCAAGCCCU